AUGUGGUCUGGAGCCGUCGCUGAUGCCUGCUCACCAGAGGACAUUAAGAAGAAUCGUACUUUGAAACUUGGUCUAGCAAUGGCAGCUAAGCCACCCUUCAAGGUAGUCAUAGACUUGAGCCUCAGAAAAAGAGCCCUGGAUGACUUCCUGACCCACUUGUUCCUGAGGGUCAGAAACAGAAGGGACAGGCUGCACCUGUGUUACAAUAGGCUGAAGAUUUUUGGAAAAUCCACCAGCUAUUCCAGGAAGGUCCUGAGAUUGCUACAGCUGGACUCUUUCCAGAAGGUGGAAGUGCACUGUGCCUGGGUGCCCUCCACCUUGGCUGCUUGUGCUCCUUUCAUAGGCAAGAUGAGGAACCUGAAAAAGCUGCUUGUCUCCCAGGUUUAUGUGCCUGCCUACACCUCCCAAGAGGAGCAGGAGCAGCUGCUUGCCCAGCUAACCUUGCAGUUCCUCAGGAUGGACUGCCUGCAGAAGUUCUGUGCCAAUGCUGUCUUCCUCCUCGAGGACCACCUGGAACAGCACCUGAAGACCCCCCUGGAGACCCUCUCAAUAACCAACUGCCCACUGUCAGAUUCUGACUGGAAUUACCUUUCCCGAUAUCCAAACGCCAGACAGCUCAGACACCUGGAACUGAGGGGCAUCAAACUGACUGAUUUCAGUCUGGAGCCCCUCCAAAUUCUGCUGGACAGCACUGCAACCACACUGAACAUCCUGGACUUGGCAGCUUGUGGGAUUACUGAUUCUCAGCUCCAAGCCCUCUUACCUGCCCUGAGCCGCUGCUCCCAGCUUGUGAUCUUGAGCAUCCAUGGGAACCGCCUCUCUAUGUGA